AUGUGGAUUUUGGAUCUUGGGACCUUGCAAAUCGAUGAGUCUUGGGUUUACCGAGGUAGUAACGCCAGUUCUCUGAGCAACAAGAAUCCCGAGAACAAGCGGCGGGAUCUUAUCAUUUUAUCCGCCCUUAUUGAAUAUCCUGGGGUUGGACUCAUUCUUUAUGAGACAGCAUGUGCUGAAGACUUAGAAGUGAAAUGGGGUGCUCCCCUCACCGAUAUCUUUCCCCGCACCGGUUAUAGCGAAGCCCAGAAGUUACCAGCCGCCAUCGCUGCAACCGGGAAUAACAUUAAAGAUGUGAAAGCAAUUAUUAUGGGCCACCUGCAUCUCGAUCACGCUGGUGGUUUAGAACACUUUGUCGAUACAGAUGUCCCUAUCUACGUCCACGAAGACGAGUUCAAGCACGCGUGCUGGGCAGUUGCUGCUGGCGCUGACUUGGGCGUGUAUCUCGGACACUAUAUGCUUCUGGAAAGAUUAAACUGGACCACGUUCGUCGGCUCACAGAUUGAUCUCUUCCAGGGCCUAACUCUUCAUCAUGCCCCCGGACAUAGCCCUGGAUUAUGUAUGCUUCAGAUCAAUCUCGAGAAAGACGGGACUUUCCUCUGGACUACCGAUCAGUUUCACAUUGCGGAAAACUAUGAGCAUAGCCAUCCCCAGGGUGGGUUGACGAGGGACCAUACUGCCUGGUUUCGGAGCUUGCAGUUGGUCAGGAGUUUACAGAGAUUGUUCGAUGCGAAAAUAAUCUUUGGUCAUGAUAUGGAAGUUGCGAUGAAAUUUAUCCAGGAGAAGAGGUUCUGGGAAUGA